AUGGUGAGCAAGUCCAUGCGAUGCGCGGCUAAAGCUGCUGAGAGGGAAGCUGCAGUUGAUAACGCAGCUGCUCUUGACGAUGCCCAGGAUCUUGCGGCAGAAGAUGUUCCGUCUGCUGCUGAUGCUGAAGCGCUUUCUUCAGCAUCAUAUAUGCAAAGGCACGUGGUGAUUCAUUACUGCUAA